UACCGUAUUAUCAAUUAUCAUAACUUCAACAAUACACGUGACAAUUGCAAUAACUUAAUUGUAUCUAUAUUAUUUUUAAAAAUUCUGUUUGUAGUCCAACCAUGGCAUUGUUUGAAGACGAAAAUCAUGUUACUUUUAAUGAAAAAGAUAAAAAACGUAAAAACAUUGAAGCUGUAGAAAAAGUUGAAAAAAAAAAAAAAAAAAAGAAUACAUUCGAAAACAAAGAAGAAGCAAACGAGGUGAUUGAAACGAUUAAAAAGAAAACAAAAAAACAAGAAGAAAUAAAAAAAGAACCACAAUCUGUUGAAUUAUUAAUGGAGAAAGUAAAGAAAAAGAAGAAAAAUAAAAAUCAAGUUACAGAGGUGGUUAAUGCUAACACUGAUGAGCCUAUAGAAAAUAACAGUUUCAAUUCCAUUGAAGGUACAAAAAGUAAACCAAAAUCGACAAAAGUAGCAGUUCUGCCUACUGUAACUAUAGCAGUGCCAGGAUCCAUUUUAGAUAAUGCUCAGUCUCCAGAAUUCAGAACUUACUUAGCUGGUCAAAUAGCAAGAGCUGCUUGCAUCUACAAAAUAGAUGAGAUUGUAGUAUUUGAUGAUGUUGGUGAGCAGACAAAUGUAAUGAUAGCCAACAAAAAAACUGAAGGAGGUUCUAAGACAUGUAAACAAUUAGCAAUAAUUUUACAAUACUUGGAAUGCCCACAAUACUUGAGGAGGAUAUUAUUUCCAAUGCAUAACUUUUUAAAAUACACAGGAGUGUUAAAUCCACUUGAUGCACCUCAUCAUUUUAGACAAGAAGACAAUGUUCCAUUUAGAGAAGGUGUUGUAUCAACACUUCCACCAAAAAAAGGGAAAGGCUGUAAUGUUGAUGUUGGUCUUCGAAAACAUGUCUUAGUUGACAAAUGUAUCCAGCCAUUUGUACGAGUUACUGUCAAGCUUAUUCCUAACUCAAGCGAUUCUAAACGACAAAAAGGUAUUGUUGUUGCUCCGAGUACUCCUAAAAAUGAACUGGGAAUUUACUGGGGUUACACUGUUAGAAAUGCUGAAUCAAUCAAUGAAGUAUUUACUAAAUGUCCCUAUCCUGGUGGUUAUGAUUUAAAAAUCGGAACAUCUGAUAAAGGAGUUGAUGUAGAUCAAGCCGAUCAGAAACAACUUGAAAUUUUCAAACACGCAUUAAUAUGUUUUGGAGGGGUUCAUGGACUUGAAGCUGCAUUAGAAGCUGAUCAAAAUAUUAAUGAAGAAAACCCAUCAACAUUAUUUGAUGUUUAUUUAAACACUUGUCCAAAUCAAGGUUCAAGAACUAUUAGAACCGAAGAAGCUAUUUUUAUCACGUUAGCUGAAUUGCGUUCAAAAAUGAAACUGAAGUAGAUAAAGUGAUUUAAUAAUAAUUUCAUUAAAUUGUUUAUAUAUUCAAUAAAUGUAAUGUUUUUUGAAAUUUUGAAUAAUGAUAUAUUGUUAUGGAUGUUA